AUGUUAAUUUUUUAUCAUUUGCUUAAGGCUUAUAUGAACACAACUAAAAAUGAUUCACAUCUCCCAACAGAUUCACGUUUUUUCAAAGUGAAUUGUGUUUUAUCCGAUGAAUUUCCUCAACGAUGCUUUAGUAAGGAACUCGGAGAAGUUUUUCUCCCACCUCGAGGUUUAAACGCUACUCCAAUUCCAAAUGUGGUAUAUGAGGCAUUCGUCGAUUGCAAACUAUUUAUCCGAAAUGAUGAUGGUUCAAGAGUUAGUGCAGCCACUCAAGUUGAAAUUCGUCCUGAAUUGGUCAAACUUAUCCGUGUUAAACCACUGCAAAGCAAAUUGUACGGCGAGCGUCGUCUCAUCCCUCCUCUGUUUCGUCCCCGUUCAUCCUUUCGACAACGGAUUUGUUCUGUGGGACGAAACAACGAUUUUUUCGUGUUGACAAAAUGCCUUUUAUUCAGGUACAGUGAGCAUGUCGACAUUCUUCGAAUUUGUCCAUGGAAUACAAAAAAAGUUGAGAGUGGAGAAAUUAAACCGCAACUUAUUUAUUGGGACUAUGGAGAAGAAGGAAUUGUUCAUUUUUAUAAACAAAACCAAAACAAACCUCCUUUUCCGACAAGAGCGCUUUCAAAAGUUCGCCUUUGGUACUUUGAAAACAACCGUGUUAUUCGUGCACGUUGGCCAAGGACUCAAGUCAAAAUUACUUUGGGAAUGGAGAGAAUGAUUUGGGAAAGUAUUUCAGUUGAUAUCCGUUUACGUUAUCCUCCAUUAAAUGAAGGGCAAUUUUUCUUUGGUUGGAUUAUUUAUAAUGGUAAUUUUAUAUUUAAAAAUUGUAAUUUAAGAUUUUUAGAAUUCAUUUCGUGUUAUUAUGUUCAGAAUUAUCGUUUAUCGAAGGAAGGAGAGGCUACACAAAGUCAACUAGAGAAACGGAUUGUUAUUGAUAGCGGAAAUCCAUAUUUUGUCCGAAUUCGCGAGUCACCAUUGUUCAAAAAUUUGUAUAUUUGUGAUCCAUUUGAAAAUAUUUUAAUUGCUGAUCCUAAAUUGUUUGUAAUUUAUUUUUUUAAUCUGAUUAUUAAAUUAUUAAGUAUUUUGCGAAAUGUUUCUUUGGAUGCCCAUAGAGAGAAGGGAUGUCCUGUAUGGGUUAGACUUGAACCAGAACAUGAGCGUUUGGCGCAUUUUUCCAUUUCAGAAUUAAAUAAAAGUAUUGGAGAAUUUUCUGCUUCUGAGAAGAUGAUGAGCUAUCCAAAUAUAUUUGGAAUUGGUCUAAUAGUUGAUUUAGAAACAAAUGCUAUAUUUUCUGAAAAUCACCCGCAAAAGCGUAUUUUUCUCUCCAAUCCAGACAUUUUUAAUAUAAAAAUGGGACACUUCUUCUAUUUUUCUGCUGCUUAUUGGCCACUAAAACAAGUUUAUCUAAUUGGAAAUUAUCAACUUAUUUCAGAAGAACGACGUAAACCAAUUGACACUUAUUAUCUGGGGAACAAGCUUAUUUUCGAGGAUUAUUUUCGUUGUUAUAUUUUCCAAAUGGAUGAUACUCACAUGAGCAGAAAUUUUGGACCAAUUUCUGAUUCAAUGGGUUUGAUUACCAGGAAAACAAAAACCGAAGAAGAAGAUUGGCCCACUGAAGGGCAUGGCUAUGUUUGUUUUAACCCUGAUUGGCAAGCCGGACGUUCAUCUCAAUUUAUUCUUUAUUCAUUGGAAUUAGACAGAACAGCGAAAUGUGUUACUAGUUCUUAUAUACAACAGAAAGAAUUAAAAUGGUGGCAACAUCAACAUAAAGAUGCCCAUGAACUUUGUCGAUGUGAUGAAAUUUGGCAUUUGCUUUAUUCGAUUAAACAAAAAUCAGAAGAAUUUUUUGAUGAAGAAAAAAGAGAAAAUUUAAAAAAUACAUUGAAAGUGUAUCAAAAUGAAACUUGUCUCAACUAA